AUGGAUCCCAACAAUCGCAACAACAUGAAUUACGGUUACGAUCGUAACUACAACGCCAACAAUCGCGCCUAUCCCACCACCCCCUCCGCUUUCCCCCAGCCCAUCUAUCAGUCUCAGGGGGCCCAGGAUUAUGUCGAUCCUUCGAACCCAGCCUACGCUCCGGGGUACUUCAUGCCAAACAACUACCCACCUCAGAUGCAGCAGCAAGCACAAUAUGCCCAGCAACAACAGUAUGCGCAACAACAAGCCUUGCAAUCACCCCAGCCCGCCUACCAAGCACGCCCGGGCUACCCUGACGGCACCAACGGCCUGAUCCAGCAAUUCUCCAACCAGGACCUCAAUGCAAACCGCGCAGGAUUCUUCAACAACCGUGCUGCGUCCCCAGCGCAGCGACCUCGUACCGCUGGCGGCUCUCCCGCUCAAGCACCUGGCCAAGCAUCACACCUGAUUCCCCCAGUACCCCGCAGUCCUCGCCCACCUUCCGAGAAUGAAGAAUUGCAGCGCUUCCCUGACCGGUACUCGGAAAAUGUGCACAAGCGUGGCAAGGCUGCGAAGGAGCUGGUGACAGUGUUUUUCCACGAGAACAUCGAGCGAGCUCGUGAUCGCAACAUGCGAUCCGCGGAACUCGACCAAACGAUCCGCGAACCCAAUGUCCCCGUUGAAAAGAAGCGCCAGGACGCAGAUGCCAUCUCAAAGAGAGAAUCCGAUUUCCUUCGAUUCCUGCGAACAAAGGAGACGCCGGCAAACUUCCAGACUAUCAAGAUCAUUGGAAAGGGUGCUUUCGGAGAGGUCAAGCUCGUGCAGCGCAAGACGGAUGGCAAGAUCUACGCCCUGAAGUCGUUGAUCAAGACGGAGAUGUUCAAGAAGGAUCAGCUGGCUCACGUUCGUGCCGAGCGUGAUAUUUUGGCUGAUUCAAAGGACAAUCCUUGGCUCGUCAAACUGCACGCAUCGUUCCAGGACACUGCGUACCUUUACCUGCUGAUGGAAUUCUUGCCUGGUGGUGAUCUGAUGACCAUGCUGAUCAAGUAUGAAAUUUUCUCCGAGGAUAUUACUCGAUUCUACAUGGCUGAGGUUGUUAUGGCUAUUGAGGCCGUGCACAAGCUUGGUUUCCUUCAUCGUGACAUCAAGCCCGACAACAUUCUGCUCGAUCGGGGCGGUCACGUCAAACUCACUGACUUCGGUCUUUCGACCGGAGGCAAGAAGACCCACGAUAAUGCCUACUAUCAAAACCUGUUGAAGAACUCUACGUCCAAAGACCGGAACCGCAACUCUGGAUACUUUAACGAUGCCAUUAACCUUACCGUGUCGAACCGAGGUCAGAUCAACACCUGGCGUAAGUCUCGCCGUGCGAUGGCCUAUUCUACAGUUGGAACUCCUGACUACAUUGCUCCUGAAAUCUUCAACGGGCAAGGUUACACCUAUCUUUGUGAUUGGUGGUCUGUUGGUGCGAUCAUGUUUGAAUGUCUUGUUGGCUGGCCGCCAUUCUGUGCCGAAGACACAAAUGACACCUACCGCAAGAUUGUUAACUGGAGGGAUUGCCUGUACUUCCCCGAUGAGUUGGUUCUUUCGCGCGAUUCCGAGGGUUUGAUCCGAAGUUUCUUGUGUGAUCCAGACCACCGUAUUGGCAGUGACGGUGGCCAGCACGGAGGUGCCCAGCAGAUCAAAAACCACCCAUUCUUCCGAGGUGUCGUUUGGGAUCAGCUGCGCGGAAUCCGCGCUCCCUUCGAGCCGCGUCUCAGCUCUAACAUCGAUGUGUCGUACUUCCCAAUUGAUGAGAUCCCUCAGGAAGACACCAGUGCUAUUCACCGUGCGCAAGCCCGUGCCAUGCCCGACUCGCAAGAGGCUGAGAUGAGUCUGCCUUUCAUCGGUUACACCUACAAGGCAUUCAAUGCCUUCCAGAGUAAUUAG